GUUAGAGCCAGCGAAGUGCGGGCGGCGAUGAGAGCCAAAGUUGCGCUUGGUUCGGCGCCGGGGGCUUGAGGCGGCUCGGCGCUCCACCACCGGUCUGGGCCUCCUCCAUCCCUAACUCGCGCCGGUGCGCUCUCGCGCGUCCGCCCGGCCCCGCACCCUCCCGCGCUCCCUGCCCCUUGCCCGCGGCCCGGCGCCCGCGCCUCGAGAGCCGGGGUCCCCGUCACUUUGGCCAGGCCCCGGGCCCCGCCGAUGCCGGCCAUGGUGGAGAAGGGCCCCGAGGUCUCAGGGAAGCGGCGGGGGAGGAACACCGCGGCCGCCUCUGCCUCGGCCGCCGCCUCGGCCGCCUCCGCCUCGGCCGCCGCCUCAGUCGCCGCCUCGGCCGCCACCGCCUCCUCCUCGGCCGCCGCCGCCUCGGCCGCCGCCGCCCCCAAUAAUGGCCAGAAUAAAAGUUUGGCGGCGGCACCCAAUGGCAACAGCGGCAGCAACUCCUGGGAGGAAGGCAGCUCGGGCUCGUCCAGCGACGAAGAGCACGGUGGCGGCGGCAUGCGGGUCGGACCCCAGUACCAGGCAGCGGUGCCCGACUUCGACCCCGGUGAGUAGCUCCCGGCCGGCGGGCCCGGAACGGCGGGAGUCCGGCGACAACUUUCUUUUUGUGCGUGUUGGCCCCGCUGUCCUCGGGGGCACGCGGGGCGAAGGGGGCCGCCUGGUCGCGCACACGCAUGUGCUGCAGAUCCUCGGCGCGGGGAGGCUGCGGGACCGGUGCGCACCCCCCCCCAAGC